CUCGAUCGCGUCUGCUUUCACUAGAAUCGCGUCGGCUCUCAAUAGAAUCGCGCCUGCUCUCAAUAGAAUCGCGCCUGCUCCUAAUAUCGUCGCAUCUGCUCCCAAUAUCAUCGCAUCUACAGCCAUGACAGACAGAGAUCGCGUUGUGUUCUCUGUGACUUCGCAUAUUCGGCCGCCGGCUUGGAUGUCGGUAUCCUGACGCCCGCCGGCACUACCCUCAACUGCUAAGGCUCGACCGCAGGGCCGCUCCUGCUCCUCAAGCCAGCUACACACCUUCCGCCUCCCAGCUCGCGUCCAGCGCGCCGGCCGUGACAGCCGCCGACUACAUGCCUGUCCGUCCCUUCGCCGCGCUGAACGACUGGGACAUCGCCGUCCCCCAUCCGCAUCCGGAUGACUCCUCUACCCCUCGGCCUUCGACCGUGCCCAAUGCCUUCUCCGCCAUCGAGGUACUUCGCGUCUUCACCGUCGCUGACGUCCGUCGCUGCUCUACCGCUGCUGGCGUCCCUCGCUGCUCCACCGCUGCUGGCGUCCGUCGCUGCGCUGCCGCUGCUGACGUCCCUCCUGCACCUUCUAACAUCGACUCCUGGGACGCAUCCCCUAACAUCGCGUCCUGCGACGCAGAAAGCAGCUCGGGCGCCGAUACUGAUCAUCGCUUCCACCUCGACCACCCCGCAUCCGUCUACCACCUCGACCACCCCGCAUCCGUCUACCACUGCGACCGCCCCGCAUCCGUUUACCACUACGACCGCCCCGCGCCCGUUUACCACCACGACCGCCCCGCGCCCGUUUACCACUACGACCGCCCCCCAUCCGUCUACCACCCCGACCGCCCCGCGCCCGUUUACCACUACGACCGCCCCGCGCCCGUCUACCACCACGACCUGGAAGCCCUCAUAUGGAUCCUCGUCUGGAUGGUGUGCUGCUACGACGGCGCGCUCGCAGUGGACCGCUAUAAUGGCGCGCUCGUGGACCGCUAUAAUGGCGCGCCCGCGGACCGCCACCGUGGCGCGCUCGUGGACCGCUAUAAUGGCGAGCUCGUGGACCGCCACACUGGCCAACCGCGACUCGACCCCCUACCCCAGCCGUUCGCGAACUGGAUUUUGAGGGGCGACUCGCGCGAAUUCGUGGCCACCGCUGACUCGCCCGAGCUCUUGAACAGCGCUGACUCGCACGAAUUCGUGGCCAGCGCUGACCCGCACGAAUUCGUGGCCCGCGUUAGGAGAUGCCUCAAAAGCAAGGAGUCCUUCCUCUCCACGGUCGCGGUAUGGAACGGCUGCAGGCCAGCCGCGGUGUGGGAUGGCUGCGAGCCAGCCGCGGUGUGGGAAGCGCCGACACCGAUGUGGGGAGCAUCGACACCGACGUGGGGAGCGCCGACAGCGGUGUGGGAAGCGCCGACACCGAUGCAGGGAGCGCAGACACCGAUGCAGGGAGCGCCGACACCGACGUGGGGCGCGUCGACACCGAUGUGGGGAGCGCCGGCACCGAUGUGGGAAGCGCCGAUUCCGAUACGCGACCUGUUCUUCGCGAUGCCUGCCAAACCGUCCACGAUCUGGACGGCGGCGAGUGCGAUGUGGGAGAUAGCGGGUCCUACUGGGACGAUGCCUACGGAUGAGGUGGAUGUGAUGGUAAAGCAGCUGGAUGUGGCGGUAACGCAGCCGGAUGUGGCGGUAACGCCAUCCGCGCUCGCUCUGCGCCUGCUGUCGUACGCGACAGGGUACAUCGGAGAGCGAAGCCCCGCUUUCGCGUGCACGAGGUGCAUGGAAGACCGCCGGCCGCGCUUGGAGCGGGAGGAUUACAGCGAGAAGAACGCGGAGGGCGAUUUGGAAAGUCACUGCGUGAAGGAUGACUCCGGGAUGGCGCGCAAGGACGAUGCGUUGGACGACCCCGGGAAGGCUUGGAAUGACUUCGAGGAAAUGAUCAGCAAGUGUGUAAUGGUACAGGAGGAUGGUUUUCGCGGCGUCCUGAACGACUGGGAUCUCGCGAUCGACCCCUCGGACCUGCGCGCGCCCACUGCCCGCACGACACCCUUGAUGCCGUUCGGCACGCCCCCGUUCAUGGCUGUCGACAUGCUCGAGGAGGACGCGCUCAAGGGCAAAGUCCAUCGCCUCUACCGCCACGACCUCGAAUCCCUCUUCUAUGUACUAACCUGGGCUGCGUGCUGCUACAAGGACGGGCAGCGCCUCGAUCCCUUGCCAAAAAUGUUCGAGAUGUGGGCCCUGGGCAGCCUCUCCAUCCGUCCUCGCGAUUUAAUGGCGCGUUUGCUGGCCUACGAGGACCCGCAUCCCCUGCAAACGUGCCGCAACAGCAAGUUCUCUUUCAUAAUCGGGGAGCAUCACUGGCCUAGAGACAUCUUGCCGACGGGCGCGUGGCGCGAGCCGGGGUAUAUCGCACAAUGGCUACGCUUUUUCUUCAUGCGGGACGAGACUGUGCGACGCGCUGUCAGAGAUUGGCCGGCAGAGAUGGCCAUGCAGAUGGAGGAGAUUGUGGCUUUGAGUGAGGGGCGGGAGCCGCCGCCGCGCCCGCAGGAGGUGGACGAGCCGGAGAAGAUGUGGGCGGGGUUUUGCGCGGCUGUGAAGGAGGUUAUCGAGCUUAUGGUGUCUUAUAGUAACGAUCGGUAAUGCAGUCUUCUCCCUGCGCUGGCAUGCAUGAACCUCGCGCAGGGAUGCUCUGCAGAUGGGCUGCUUACGUGCUCCUGCCCCGAAUUCAUGUUAUCGCAGUAUUCAUCGCUAG